CGCGGUUCCUUCAAUUGUGUUCCAGAUCAGUUACAUUGCAUCGCACUAUGGAUGCAUCUGGCUCCUCGCCCUCUCCACAGACUUGCACUAUGGACCCGUUCCUGUAUCUCCCUGUGGAACUUGCACUGCGCUGUCUGUCGUUUGUUGACACUACUUCUCUUCCCGCCGUCACUCGUGUGUGCAAACGAUGGCAUCAAAUAGUGGAAAGUGACGCAUUGUGGAGAGAGCGGUGCUUUAUUUCGUCCACCAUAGUUGCGGACAGACCUCUCCGAUGGGUGCUUCCUCCCGAGGACUGCAUCGACGCUAUGGAAACCACUUUGUCGUCAACCUUUCCCAAUCCGAAUCGGGAUAGCCUGGCAGUCCCCACAGCAUCUAGACGGUCCCGCUCUCCGGAUGUGCUCGGUUUAUCUUCCACGGCUUCUGAUACUGGUUCGUCGCAAUUUCCCUCCUUAUCUCCCCGACGGGAGGUCUCUAGACAGUCCGUUGACCAUAUUGUACGAAAGCUCCCGUCGCUACCAGACGGACGAGAGCGUUACGAACGCCUUCGACCUCCGCCAGUGAUAUAUUCACCAUCUCCAGCGCAUCCAGGUACCAGUGGCCUCCCAUAUGUACUUCAUGAUGGCGAUGCAAAGGACCUAGUGUCACCGAUGUCACCUGCAUCACCGUCCUCCUUUACGUUACCCAAGAGCCAGGAUCUGCGCAUGCCAGAAAAUGCAAAAAAGGUCCGCUUUACAGAGUUAAUACAUGAUCCAAAGCAAUUCUUUCGGGAGAUUGGGGAAGUGACUAUAAUGGCUGAGCAAGAGCCACUAGAUCUGCUUGAGCAAGGGCUACAAGCAUCAUCCGAAGAUGAUGAACAGCAGACUAUUGCGUGUACCCUGGACGACUCAGCACGCACUUUUUGGUCGUCCAAAGGGACUGCUGACAUGCUCUCAUCAGAAUGGCUGGUAUACAAACUGAGGCAGCCAGUUUGUAUUGUGACGAGAGUGGAGAUCACUCCAUAUAAGGCGCGCUACCAACGAGGGAUGCCGAUAUAUGCGCCCAGGUACAUGACCAUGUCUAUUGGUUUUUCACCUGAACCAGAGAAUAUGCAUUUUAUCAGUGAAUUGUUUCCUGUGGAAAACCGAAAUGUCUCACAAUCCUUCAAUAUCAAACCCACUCUGGUAGUUGGGGGAUAUGUGCGCUUGCAUCUACAUGGGCGGUACCAGACACAACCAGGUGACAACCUGUAUUACACAGUUUUACAAAGUGUGAGAUGCUUUGGUAUUCCAAUAGGACUUGUUGCGGACAAACAAAGUUUGAGUUUGCCUCUGAUGGAACUAGCCGACGUGCUCAAAUGCGACUACACUCCUUGGUACGGAGUAAAAGAAAUCGUGGCCACCCAAAGAUUGAGUCGUUUGAAGACUUUGAUGCUUCCCACGGUCAUGGAUCGUACAACACAUGCGGAGGCGCUGGCGUCCAUCCAACGGCUUUUGAUGCGAGGGGAAUGGAAGCAUGCGGCCGAUAUACUGGCUCGAACUAGAUGUACUGACGAGCUCCGACAGGCGGAUUUUCUCGCAUGGUUCUUUGAAAGUGCUGAAGCAGUUAGCGAGAUACAGUCGUAUUCAAUGUGGAAUGAGGGGCGCGCUGCUGAUAAGGGGAAGCAGCCUAUGGUUGAACCUGAGACGGCGGCAUCCGAUUGGACACGGAUUUUUGCCUCCGUUGCCAGAAAGAUCGCUUCAAAGAAAGAAAAGGAAAAUGAUCCCGUCCGAUAUUAUCUGAAUAGAGUGCUUGAAGGGGAUGAUGAUUUGACAGAGUAUGAGGCGAUCAGGUUUGCCGAGGUAGCAAUAGCUGACAAACAGUUUGGAGAGUUUUGGGAUUGUUUAAUUGGGGAACGGUUUGAAUGCACUGAAGAUCUUGGUGACCUGUUUCGUCCGCAUGACGUGUCGUUUGCGUUGUCGAUUUACAGUCGAGCGAAUGUUUUGGAUAAGAUUAUCGAUUGCCUUCUCGCGAUAGGUCAAUACUACUCUGUGAUUCGCCUCAUCCGCGUAACAUCCCAUGAGUAUGAUUUUACACCCAUUAUCAUGCAGUUGCUUGCCACCGCUGGAAUAAAGGCCGCUGUCCAAUUUUCAGCGAUAUUACUGAGAGAGGAUCCACAGCUUCGCCGAACGGUCGUGUGGGCUUUAGGUGUGGAGAAGGAAACUGCAGGGCUAGCAGACGGGGAAGAUUUGGCUGGUUGGUUGAAAGUAUGGGCGGACACCAAAGAAGGGUCAGGACCGAGUUCCCCGUCGAGUGUGGGAUCAUCAUAAUGGCCACAACAUAAUUCCAUAUAUUUUAUUCUCAUUUGGUCAUAAUAUGAAUAUGUACAUGUGCUUGCCAAAAGGAAUUGACUGGACUAUCCCCA